AUGUCCCGCCGUUUCGACACUACUAUUCCUGAGAAUGUCGCGGUUCUGGGUGAUAAGCUCAAGUUCCCCAGUGGCAAAGUGGCUCAGAAUCGAUUCCUGAAAGCCGCGCUGACUGAAAUGCUCUCCACUUUCGAGCCGUCUGAUCCGAAGGCUCAUGGAGUUCCGACUCAAGAGAUUCUGAAUGUCUACGACAAAUGGGGAAAUGGACAGUUUGGAAUGAUUCUGACUGGAAAUGUUCAUGUCAGUCCCGUGAGUUUAAAGCUCAAAUAUUUUUAUGAUUUAUUUAACUUUAGGUUCAUCUCGAAGCACCUGGAAACCCAAUCAUUUUCAAGGAAGGAGAUACUAGUGCCAGACGGGAAGCGUACACGAAAUGGGCAAAGGUCAGCAAGCAAGACGGUGCUCUGGCAGUGGUUCAACUUUCCCACGGUGGUCGUCAGACUCCGAUCACUGUCAACAAGGCGCCAUUCUCUGCUUCUGACGUGAAAUUGGAGAAGGAAGUUCGUUUCUUGGGAUUCGGCCAGCCGAUCCCGUUGACUGUUGACCAGAUCAAGACAGAAGUGAUCGACAAAUUUGUGUACGGUGCCAAGUACGCCUACGAGACCGGAUUCGACGGAGUUCAACUGCAUGCAGCUCACGGAUAUCUUCUUGCUCAGUUCACCUCCCCGACCACCAAUAAGAGAACCGAUCAGUACGGCGGAUCGGUGGCCAACCGACAACGUAUCAUUUUGGAGAUUUACGAAGCAAUCAGAAGGGAAAUCCCCGCUUCAACUGGGUUCUUAGUUGGGUUGAAGACUAACUCGGUCGAGUUCCAAUCCGGGGGAACAACGAUUGAUGAAGCUGUUGAGAUGUGCAGAGCAUACGAAAAGAUCGGUUUUGACUUUGUCGAACUCUCCGGCGGAACUUAUGAGCAGUUGGCUUUCCAUCACCUAAGAGAUUCGACGAAAAAGAGAGAAGCAUUUUUCCUAGAAUUUGCGGAGAAGGUAAGUAUUUGAAUGCUUUGUUGUAGAAGCUAUAAAUGUUAUUUCAGAUUCGUCCAGUCUUCAAAAACACAGUCGUCUACCUGACCGGAGGCUUUCGCACUGUCAAUGCUAUGGUCGAUGCGGUCACUUCCGGAGCCACCCAGGGGAUCGGACUCGGCCGUCCAAUUACAGCCGAGCCAGAUCUCCCGAAGAAGAUCCUCAGGGAAGCGGUGCCCUCCGCCAUUCGCGACGUUCUGGAUCAGAACAACUUCGCCGUCACUCUUCUGGCCAGCAACACGCAAAUGGAGCAGAUGGGCAGAAACUCAUUCAAAGAAGCCAACAAUAACGUUUCCUAUGGACUCAGUGACUUCAGCGAUGAGGCGACCGCGCAGAGAUUCGGAAAGGCCAUCGAGGAUUUCAUCGAGCUCCUCCGCGUUCAAGCCUCGAGAGGAAUCGCAAUUCCCGCUGUGAUCCCGUUUGAGGGCGUCAAAACCCGAGCAAACUGA